AUUCCUAUUGGCUCUUUCAAAUCCUCUCAUCUUUCUAUUUCAAUCACAAUCAUCACUUUCUUCUUCCUUUUACAAUCCUCAUUUCUCUCUUUUAUUAUUAUUAUUAUUAUUACUUUUCAAUUCGGUUCCACUCAUUAUCAAUUUCAUUCUACCUAACUUUCCUUGAUCUCGUUCAAAGUUACCUUCUCUUCCUCUUCCUUAAUUCAACUGCUUUCCUUAAAUGCUCCUUACUUUUUUAUUUUUUUUAUUUUACAUUACAUCUCUUGUUUUCCUUUCAUCACUUUCAUAUUAAUACAUACAUACUUAAUAGCUAAGCUCAACCUUAAUCAGACUGACUCAGCAGCAUAUAUUCACCAAGAGUAGUAGUUGUAAUUUUUUGUGAAGAUGGUUUUGGGAAUAAGAACAAAGAGUAGAAAAAGUGUUUCAAAUUCAAUCCAAGUUAACUACAACAUCCAUGUUAAAGAGAUCAAACCAUGGCCACCUUCACAAUCACUUAGGUCUGUUCAAUCUGUGCUCCUGAACUGGGAAAAUGGUGACCGAGUUUCGGGGUCUCUUGCCUCGAAUGUCGGUAAUGGAAAAAUCGAGUUUAAUGAACCUUUCAGGCUUUCAGUAUUUAUGUGUAGAGAAGCUUCCAAGAAAGGAAAAAACCACGAAAGUUUCAAGAAGAACUACUUAGAGUUUCACUUGUAUGAUAGGACAGUGAAGAGUCAACUUUUAGGAUCAGCCGUUAUAAAUUUUGCAGAGUUUGGGAUUAUUAAGGAAGCUAAAGCCAUAAGUGUUCAGUUGAACUGCAAGAAGAGUUUCAGGAACUCGGCGCAACCGUUUCUGUAUGUUAAUAUUCAGCCAUUUGAUAUAGAGUGUUCAAGCUCAUCACCAAGCAGCAACUUUUCAAAGGAAUUGUCACUAGAAAAGGAAGAAAGUGAGUUUGUAUCACAGUCAGUUAGAGAUGAUGAUCAUGAUGAUGUUGAAAUUGCAUCUUUUACUGAUGAUGAAAAUGAUGACAUUCCUUCAAAUCCCUUGCAAACUAUCAGAUCUGCUUCAGAUACUUCAGGAGACAGCAUCGAAAUCAGUGAAGGAGGAACAAAGGGAUCUAAUGGAAAAUGUAUUAUACCCUCAGAAAGUACUUCUUCUAGCUUACUUGUAAACACAACGGCUGAAACAUCCACACAGGUCAAUGGCGUCAAAUCUCCCUCUUCUUCUAUGGUUCUACGCUCAGAUACAGAAAACGCUGAAAAUGGCAGGCCUUCUUUGCAUAAAAUUUCUGAGGGAAGUAUCAAGGUUGCUGAUGCAAGUUCUGAAAUCCAAGAAAGCAUUGAACAAUCCCGUUCGCUAGAUAUCACUGGUGAUAUAUUCAAAGCCAAAUCUUCAUCUUCGUUCAUUUCAUCAAGUAUGAGAUCACACUUCGAAAUAUCUUCCCAAUCUCAAGUGACUCCAGAGGAUAGCACAAAUCAAGAAGAUAGCUCAGAAAACCGGAGAUAUAAAGAAAAGAGUCCCGAGAAAGUUAGCAAUGUUUUUAACAUUGGUGUGAUGGAGGACAAAGAGAAAAUGGACAACAGAAUAAGAGGACAAGAACAGUUUACUAUAAGUAAUGAAAUGUUAGAAAAUGUGCUUGAUAAUAAUUUUUCAGAUGAUGAAUCUACAAGGGCAGGAAAAUUAUGUAGUGAUACUCUUCUGCCAAGUAAAAAACCACAUGAACAUCCAACAAUUAUUUCGACAAAUGAUAAAGCAGAUGAUGUGAGAAAUGAAAAGUUUCUUUUACAACCUAUUGAGACCUAUGGGCAGUUCACCAGGAGUCAGAACUUAGAUCAGGAAAAUGGUGUUCAUGUUGGUGUUGCUUGUCAUAAAGACAUUAAUGUGAAUGGAAGCUUUCUUAAUGACAAUACCGAAUUGAAGGCUGAAGUUGAAAGGCUUCGUGAAGAGCUGAGGGAAGCUGCUGCUCUUGAAGCUUCAAUGUACUCAGUUAUUGCUGAACACGGCUCAUCAAACAAGGUUCAUGCACCUGCUCGGCGGUUGUCUAGAUUCUACUUCCAUGCUCAUAGAGUUGGCUCCCCUGCUAAAAUAGCUAGUGCAGCCCAGAGUACUAUCUCAGGAUUUGUUUUGGUUUCUAAAGUAUGUGGGAAUGAUGUCCCAAGGUUGACAUUCUGGUUCUCAAACCUGAUAUUUCUGAGAGCAAUUCUGAGCAAAGGAGUUGAAAGUAUACACUUUGGUGAUGGUCCAUGCAUCAACAAUGAAUGUUACGGCAAUGAUGAUACUUUACACGAGGAGGAAAAAGAAAAUACAGAAGAAUGUUUGCGUAGCUGGCUGGAUCCAGAGACAUUCUUAGUUGCAUUGGAAAAGGUUGAAGCAUGGAUAUUCUCUCGAAUUGUUGAGUCAGUAUGGUGGCAGACUCUGACUCCGUACAUGCAGUCUUCAGCAGCUAAAAGCUCUACCUCUAGGAAAACCUAUGGGAAGAGAUAUACUAUUGGGGAUCAAGAUCAAGGAAACUUUUCUAUUGAUUUAUGGAAAAGAGCUUUCAAGGAUGCAUGUGAAAGGCUUUGUCCUCUUCGAGCUGGAGGGCUUGAAUGUGGCUGCUUGCCUGUGAUAUCUAGAAUGGUGAUGGAACAAUUGGUUAAUAGACUUGAUGUGGCGAUGUUCAAUGCUAUUCUUCGGGAAUCAGCCGAUGAGAUGCCAACAGAUCCUAUAUCUGACCCUAUUAGUGAUUCUAAGGUUCUUCCUAUUGCAGCUGGAAAAUCAGGUUUUGGGGCUGGUGCUCAACUAAAGAAUGCCGUUGGUGACUGGUCAAGAUGGCUUUCAGAUUUGUUUGGCAUUGAUGAUUGUGACUCUCAUGAAGACAAAAAUGAAAAUGAUGACUCAAAAUAUGAAUCGUCCUUCAAACCUUUCCUUCUCCUGAAUGCGUUGAGUGAUCUUAUGAUGCUUCCUUUUGAUAUGCUGGCAGACGUGUCUAUGAGAAAAGAGGUAUGUCCUAGAUUUGGCAUAUCAUUGAUAAAACAGGUUGUCUACAAUUUUGUUCCCGAUGAGUUCUCCCCCGGACCUGUUCCGGAUGCUGUUCUCGAGGCCUUGAACAAUGAGGAUAUUCAGGAUGAUGAAGGGUCCAUAACAAGUUUUCCAUGCAGUGCUGGUUCCACAUCCUAUGCACCACCUCCAGCUUCUUCAGUUGUGGGUAUGCUUCAAGAAGUGGGAACCCCUUCACUAAGAAGUGGAUCAUUUGUGCUUAAAAAGUUAUAUACAAGUGAUGAUGAACUUGAUGAGUUAGAUUCACCACUUUCUGCUCUUGGCAUGGAUGAUCCUAAGAAAAAAUUUGCGGUAGUAAAGGGAGGUCGUAAGGUUGUUCGAUAUGAACUUUUGCGAGAAGUGUGGAAGAGUAGUGAAUAACAUAUAUUCAAUCAUUGUUUUAUUUUUUUUGUAUAUUUAAUUACAAUUUAGUCUAGUAUAGCAGCUUUUGUUUUUAACAAUAAUAAAGAGUAAUAAUAAUAUUGGCCUUUUAAAAUCUUGUACCUUUUAUAUCAUAGAACUGGUAAAGGAAGUUCAUUUUAUA